AUGGGUGUCUGUGACGAGAUGAUACACAGUGCAGCUACGUCUGGGCCACCAUCGGAUGUUGACUGCGAGUCCAGCAGGUCGGAGAGCUUUGAUUCUGAUUCCGAAUAUGACGUGAGUGAUUCCGAAAAUGACGUGUUUGAAUCCCAUUCCGAAUGUGACGUGAGUGAUUCCGAUCCCGAUUAUGACGUGAGUGAUGUGGAUUACGAUUCGGCAGUUAAUGAACCGGGCAACUCAGACACGGACGUUGGACUGCUACGACCAGUAUAUCCUACAGAAAAUGAAAUUGAAAAGCAUAAACAUAUUUUACGUUUACAGCAGCGUCUUCUUAGACUGAAGAGAAAAAAUCACAAGUUGGAAAAUGAAGUCAGGGAAUUGAAAAGUACCAUUACAGGGGUGAAUAUCGCCGAGAUAUAUAUGUUAAAACAAAUAAAAGUGGAUUCCACAGAAGAUACAUGGAGCGCUUUCUUGUUGAACCAGAUUAACAACAAAAUGAAGAAGCAUAAGAAUGGAAACAGGUGGAAUCAAGAAGUGAUCCGACGCUGCAUAAUUUGGCAAGCAAGAAGUCCGGGAUCCUAUAAAUUAAUCAGAAAAUCAGGAAUGUUGAACUUACCGUGUGAAAAACACUCCGGAGCUACCUCGGAUCAUCAUCCAUGGACUUUGGCAUCACAGAUCUUAUCAAGGAGGCAUUUCGUGCAAAAUUGAUAGAACUUGGAAAUGGAUGUGGCGUUAAGGUUAACGUCGCCGUUGACGAGUCGCAAUAAAACCCUGUGAAAGUUA